GCGGCGGGCGGAGCGGUUCGGCUGGGUUCGGCUGGGCUCGGCGCGGCGCGGAGCGGAGCGGAGCAGGCGGUUCAGCACCACGGAGAGAGCCCCGCGCCGCGCCGGACCGGGCCCCGCAUGGGGCUACGCUGAGCGGGCAUCGCCGGGGCCGGCGGCGGAUGCGAACCAUGCGGCUGCUGCUGCUCGCCCUGCUCUUCUCCUCCUCCUUCGCCCGCGCCGGCUGCGACCCCAAGAUCGUCAACAUCGGCGCGGUGCUGAGCACCAAGAAACACGAGCAGAUCUUCCGUGAGGCGGUGAACCAGGCCAACAAGCGGCACGGCACAUGGAAGCUCCAGCUCAACGCCACCUCGGUCACGCACAAGCCCAACGCCAUCCAGAUGGCCCUCUCCGUUUGCGAGGACCUCAUCUCCAGCCAGGUCUAUGCAAUAUUAGUUAGCCACCCUCCUGCUCCCAACGACCACCUCACACCAACUCCCGUAUCAUACACAGCUGGCUUCUACAGGAUCCCUGUCAUUGGUCUGACAACACGCAUGUCUAUAUACUCUGACAAGAGCAUCCACCUGUCCUUCCUGCGCACGGUGCCGCCCUACUCUCACCAGGCCAACGUCUGGUUCGAGAUGAUGAGAGUCUUCAACUGGAACCACGUCAUCCUGAUCGUCAGCGACGACCACGAGGGUCGUGCUGCGCAGAAGAAGCUGGAGACCCUGCUGGAGGAGAGAGAGUCCAAGAGUAAAAAAAGGAACUAUGAAAACCUCGACCAACUUUCCUAUGACAACAAGCGAGGACCCAAGGCUGAGAAAGUUCUUCAGUUCGACCCCGGCACCAAAAACGUGACGUCGCUGCUGCUGGAGGCUAAGGAGCUGGAGGCUCGAGUCAUCAUCCUCUCUGCCAGCGAGGAUGAUGCAGCCACAGUGUACAGAUCAGCAGCCAUGCUCAAUAUGACAGGCUCCGGCUACGUGUGGCUGGUGGGGGAACGGGAGAUCUCGGGCAACGCCCUGCGCUACGCCCCCGACGGAGUGAUUGGUCUGCAGCUGAUCAACGGCAAGAACGAGUCGGCACACAUCAGCGACGCGGUGGCCAUCGUGGCCCAGGCUGUGCACGACCUGUUUGAGAAGGAGAACAUCACCGACCCCCCGCGGGGCUGCGUGGGCAACACCAACAUCUGGAAAACAGGACCCCUCUUCAAGAGGGUGUUGAUGUCCUCCAAGUACUCAGAAGGUGUCACUGGCAGGGUGGAGUUCAACGAGGAUGGGGACAGGAAGUUUGCCAACUACAGCAUCAUGAACCUGCAGAACAGGAAGCUGGUCCAAGUUGGGAUUUACAACGGCAGCCACGUCCUGACCAACGACCGCAAGAUUAUCUGGCCAGGAGGAGAAACGGAGAAGCCUCAGGGCUAUCAGAUGUCCACCAAGCUGAAGAUUGUGACCAUCCACCAAGAGCCCUUCGUGUAUGUGAAGCCCACCCAAGCGGAUGGGACCUGCAGGGAGGAGUUCACCAUCAAUGGAGACCCUGUGAAGAAGGUGUUUUGCACUGGACCCAACGAGACCAUCCCAGGCCGUCCCACCGUGGCACUGUGCUGCUAUGGCUUCUGCAUUGACCUGCUCAUCCGGCUGGCAGGGGUGAUGAACUUCACCUACGAGGUUCACCUGGUGGCUGAUGGUAAAUUUGGUACCCAAGAGCGGGUGAACAACAGCAACAAGAAGGAGUGGAACGGGAUGAUGGGGGAGCUGCUGAGCGGCCAGGCAGACAUGAUCGUGGCUCCCCUCACCAUCAACAACGAGCGGGCGCAGUACAUCGAGUUCUCCAAGCCCUUCAAGUACCAGGGCCUCACCAUCCUUGUAAAGAAGGAAAUCCCCCGCAGCACCCUGGACUCGUUCAUGCAGCCCUUCCAGAGCACGCUCUGGCUGCUGGUGGGGCUCUCCGUGCACGUGGUGGCAGUGAUGCUCUACCUCCUAGACCGCUUCAGCCCGUUUGGCCGGUUCAAAGUGAACAGUGAGGAGGAGGAGGAAGAUGCCCUGACCCUCUCCUCAGCCAUGUGGUUCUCCUGGGGAGUCCUGCUGAACUCUGGCAUUGGAGAAGGUGCCCCCCGGAGUUUCUCUGCCCGUAUCCUUGGCAUGGUGUGGGCUGGCUUUGCUAUGAUCAUUGUGGCUUCCUACACUGCCAACCUGGCAGCCUUCCUGGUGUUGGACCGGCCCGAGGAGAGGAUUACAGGCAUUAACGACCCCCGGCUUCGCAACCCCUCUGAUAAGUUCAUUUACGCCACGGUGAAGCAGAGCUCGGUGGACAUCUACUUCCGACGGCAGGUGGAGCUGAGCACCAUGUACCGGCACAUGGAGAAGCACAACUACGAGAGCGCCGCCGAAGCCAUCCAGGCGGUCAGGGACAACAAGCUCCACGCCUUCAUCUGGGACUCGGCGGUGCUGGAGUUCGAAGCCUCGCAGAAGUGCGACCUGGUGACCACGGGGGAGCUCUUCUUCCGCUCCGGCUUCGGCAUCGGCAUGCGAAAGGACAGCCCCUGGAAGCAGAACGUCUCCCUCGCCAUCCUCAAGUCCCACGAGAACGGCUUCAUGGAGGAUUUGGACAAGACUUGGGUGAGGUAUCAGGAGUGUGACUCCCGUAGCAAUGCCCCAGCAACACUCACCUUUGAAAACAUGGCAGGUGUGUUUAUGCUGGUGGCUGGAGGUAUUGUGGCCGGGAUAUUUUUAAUAUUCAUAGAGAUAGCUUACAAAAGGCAUAAGGACGCGAGGAGGAAGCAGAUGCAGCUGGCGUUUGCGGCCGUUAAUGUGUGGAGGAAAAACCUGCAGAGAGAACUGAGAAGGAGGAGCAAAUGUAUCCCUGAGCAUGCUCUACGCACCAGCGGGAUACAUUUUGGUUACCCCCGUGCGGUAGCAGAGCCAGACCUGGUCACUCCGUCCCCCGUCGGCAAGGUCACACUCAUUGGCACGAAAGCAAUUGGGGAGGAAUCGUUGUCAGCGCCCGCCGCAGAGUGCGGCCGGUCCCCACGGCUCCCGGCCCCCGCGCCAUGGCGGCUGGUGCUCCCAGCCUGCGCCAACCAGGAUAGAAAAAGUGGUAGAGCAGAACCUGACCCUAAAAAGAAAGCCACUUUUAGGUCCAUCACCUCCACCCUGGCCUCCAGCUUCAAGAGACGUAGGUCCUCCAAGGAUACGCAGUAUCACCCCACCGACAUCACCGGCCAGCUCAACCUCUCCGACCCCUCAGUCAGCACUGUGGUGUGACCUUCUCCCCGAGGGCCAUCAGUCCUUGCCCAACACAGCAGGAAGGCACAGCCAGGACUGCCUUUCAGGGGACACUGAUGGGUUCUUCUGGGUGAGAUGGGAGGAACGCAUCCUUCAUCCAUACAUGGUGACUUCAUUGUAUAUCUCCCUCCCUUCGUAGGCCUGCUGCCAUGCUCGUGCCCCGGGACAUGGUUCGGAUUUCACUGUACAGAGAGGAUGGCUGCAGACCCAGCAUUGCCACCAGCUGGCUCCGUGCACGGGGAAAGGACUCCAAGAGGCACAUGGUGCCUGCUCUGCCACCGCAGUGGCGAAGAGCUGGUGCCAGAAUACAGAGGUGUGCUUCACUUCGCAGGCUUCUCAGCACACAUGGCCUCUGCUCCACCUCUCUCACCACCAUGGAGGGCUCCAGUGUGACCUGCUCUUGGUCCCAAGCAGCUGGAGCAGCCAGCAGCAGUUGGGCAGGUUGGGCACGUGUGGAAGAUGUGUGCUCUGCUCCUCGCAGGGGAUGAACUCCCUCUUCCUCCCUCCCGUCAGCCUGUGGCUAUGACUUGGCUCCUGGACAUGGUCUGUUCCCAGCCCUGCAGCCCAUGCUCCUGUGCUAAACUCUGGAGUUCCCAACAUGCUGUCAGACAGGAUCCUGGUUCCCCACCUCUCCUGCACACAAGAUGUCCCCAGGGCCUGGCCAUGGCCAGCAUGUAGCUCUCACACUGUGCCUCUCCUGGCCUGGAAUAUCUCUGGAUGGUUGCGUUGACCUUUAGCCAAGCUCCACACUGCCUCAGCACCAGCAAUGCAAGGAGAGAUGCUGCUGGCAGGUCGUGGCUUGCCGUGUGCUGCGGUGUCCACAGCAGGCACUGCCAGCUUCCCUGCCACACUCACCUGCAGCUCAUGCUUGCCAGCAGCUCCCACAGCAGCCCUGAAGCCCCAGCUCGUGUGGCUGCAGCUGCCUGAACCUGGAGACGUGGAAACCAGACCUCAGUUCAGAAGCGAACCAAAGGAGACAAGCUGAUGCCCUUCCUCCCCACAACCUCCUCCCCUGAGGUGCCAGCAGCACCCCUGAGCACCUUCCCUGCAGACACUGUGAGCAGAUGCAGAGACACCCGUGGUGGGGAAGCAUCUGGCACCAGCCAGGCUGGUGAUGAGCAGCUACAGCACGUGCAUGGGCAGCAUCACAUCCCACCUCCUGCCAAGGCAGAAACCCCACCUGCAGCAUGGCACCGAGCCCCAGGGCAUGAACUGCCUUCUCCUUGCCCCAGCCCAGCAGAUGGGCAGCCUUUGCAGCAGGACUUUCAGCCAGCAGCUGAGGUCUGUGAGCAUUGUCCCACUGAUGCUCCAUCAGUGACUCCAUCGAGUUCAUCCAGCUCCAGCUGAGGACUUGGACCCAUCCUACUUUCUACGUCAGUGUCACAUUAGUGCCGAGGUGUUGAAAGAGCUCAGUAAAGUCUCGACUGGAUCAUGAA